ACAGCAUUUCCUUUCCUUAUCACUGAUGUCUACUCAGCACCUAAUUCUGGACUUGAAGAAAGGCUCAAGAGGACAAAGAAAUAGUUCCUUUACUGCCUGCAUACCCCUCCCUGACCCAUGGGUAGUCAAGCCCUGGCUUCUGUUGGUUUCCUCCUGAUCUGAAUAGAAUAAAAGCACGCAAAAGAGAACCUGGACUGCACGGCUCUCUCCCCUCCACCUUAAGCCUGAAAAUGUAUUUACUGUUUCUCCUGGGACGGGAAUGCUGGUGGGGAGGUGGUUGAGAAAUAGCUGUAAAUGUUCCGCCAAGCCAGGGUCACGAGCCCAGGGCCAAAGGAGCCCAGGGCCAAAGGACGUCCAGUUUACCCUGUAACCAAAAGAACAGGACACUCCUCAUGGGGAUGGUCCUCAAACAACCUCCCUCAAAUCCACUGGCUGCAAAGCUCAGCCCCACCCACCGCUUCUCCCUCCGUCCUCUCAUCCUGAGUCACCUUUUUGGAGUUUUGGAGUUGAGCACCAUGGGGACGCUAAACGAUCAGGCAGUUUUGCAGGCCAUCUUCAACCCCGACACCCCAUUUGGAGACGUUGUUGGGUUGGACCUGGGAGAGGAAGCUGAGGAAGAAGAUGAAGGUGGAGUUUUCCCGCAAGCACAGCUGGAGCAGUCCAAGGCCCUGGAGCUGCAGGGGGUGACCGCAGCAGAGGCUGGCGACCUCAGCACAGCGCUGGAGAGGUUUGGCCAAGCCAUCAACCUGCUGCCCGAGAGGGCGUCAGCCUACAACAACCGAGCCCAGGCCCGGCGGCUGCAGGGAGACGUGGCAGGUGAGGGGAGGUGCCCUGGAGCCUCUACAGAA